CGGUGAAGCAGACGAGGCCUAUCAGGCCCGGAUGCUGGCUUGGAGUACCGAGACAAAGAAACGGGUAGAUGACGCAGCUGCAGCAGCGGAAAAGAAGGCAGAAGAUGCUGAGCAGGCACGUCUGCUGGCGAUUGAACAACAGAACCAGCAUGACGAGGCAGCAGCAAGGGCUGCCGAUGAAGAGAGACACCAACAUCGUGAGAAGAUCUUUACCGGAGAGCAGGCGUUACUUACAAUGGCAGCGGAAUGGCGGACCGAGGCUGAGAAUAGCCAGUUGGAGGAUAGCGCAAACAAGAUAGCGCUCCUCUCGCAUCUCACAGACCUCCUGGCAACCUGCAUUACACUGCAGGAGGAGAUCCACGGUCUUGACAACUCGCUAGCUCACGUCCAAGACCGACUUCAGCGGUUGGAGCAGCGACCAGUCAACGUCGCCGACAACCGCCUCAACACAUUGGAGAUGGACGUCGGCUCACUCAAGGAUGGCGUGCAAUUACAGCAGACCGCGACGCAACAGUUGCAACAGCGGAUCUGCACUACCGCCAACAUCUCGAGUUCGGAACCGCGCGAGACAGCUCCAAAGUUCGAUGGGCAGGAAAUCUUCUGCGACUCAAUGAAGAUAGAUCCGUACGGAGUGGUAGCCAACGACUUGCACACGAAGAUCAAUUGGGAUGAUUUGAAGGCGGCGUGGCACAAGCGGUUCAAGGUGGAGCCGUCGGAGAUCAAAACCAUGGACAAGCUCAUGGUCUUCGAGCAAGGCACGCUGCCGAGUACGGACUGGAUUGCCGAGUACCAACGCUUGACAUCAGUCCCAGACAUCCAGAUGGGCUUCAAGGCCAUCCGCCACUACUUCAUCUCAAGGUCAUGUCCGACAUUAAGCAAUGCCCUCACGCAUGUUGAGGACACCUUGACGACGACGGCGGAAUUGUUUGACAAGGCCGCGCAGAUCAUCAUCACGAACAAGGAGGCCAAGAACUUCCGUUCAUCUGCGUUAGGCCCGAGCAAGGACCAGCAUCGGCCAAGAGUGGCCGUGGUCGCAGCGGCAACGCCUUUUGACCAAUGCAGCCAGGUUGUGUCUGCCAGUGAAGGGGACAGACUCGCAGCCGCCCCGGCAGAGGCCGAGGACGCGGCAAGACGAAGAUACACACCGCAUCUAGCCCCAGGCCCGGUGCAGCAGCUCAGGCAGGCCCAUGACGCAGGUCUGCCCAUUGAAAGGCAAGGGCAAACAGGGAAACUGAGCACCGCCGAGAUGACACUCUCGACGCCUUCGGAACUGGUUUCUUCGCGAGUAACCGGCCUUCAUUCCGAGGCGCACGCGGAAGUCGAUAGUCCUCCUCUUCUACUUUCUUUUGAGGACUAUGCUGCCCGGCUCGUUCCUACGCUGGGUACUCGAGCUCAAGGACAAGGAGUGUGUGUGGUUUCUUCUUCGUCCGGCAACGGCGACAUAUCGUCUUCAAGUCGUUCAUCACGGGAUUCGACGUGCGAGUUCAACAUAGAGGUAUUGGACCCGCUCACGUCCGAGGACUUUGCAUGGCUUCCUCUCCCGACCACAGGCCACUUGCCGGGACCGCAAUGCGCAGCACUGAGCGCACAUCUCCACACUUACUUAUCCUUCUAUGCACCACCAACUUCGUCGAGGAAUGACGAAGUUGCGGUGAGGGACAUCCUGGCAUAUACUACCAAGGUGGCCCACGAGUUUCGCAUGCAGCGGUACGAUGACAACAACACACCGCUCAUGUACGUCCGCAUUCAGGUUGGGCAAGCGUCCUGCAACGCUUUGCUGGAUAGCGGCGCGUCUCGCAAUUUCAUGAGUCAAUCCUUUAUGCAAAGGGCUGGCCUUGGCACACAAGUUCGGAGGAAGGCAAACCCGACGACGAUCAAGUUGGCGGAUGGAAAGACGCAACAACUUCUCGACCGUUACAUGAAGGCCGUACCGGUCUACUUCGCACCUCAUGCGUGCGAACCGGUGACAUUCAAUAUUCUCGACACAAACUUCGACACCAUUCUGGGAAUGCCUUGGCUUGCAAGUGCGGAUCACACGGUCAACUUCCAUCGACGGACUCUUAGCGUUCGUGACGCCUUUGGCGUGGAAGUGGCGUGUACUAUUCCUCUACCGCACACUUCGAUCCGGUGCCAAGUGGUGACGGCCAAAUCAUUCCGGGCAACUUGCGCUUACGAGCAGCUCGAGGAGAUCGGCCUAUGUUUCCUACGAACCGUCGCGGUAGCCGACUCUUCACCCACGGACUUGUCUUCGGACCCCCGUGUGGUGCGGUUGCUGGAUGAGUUCGUCGAUAUCUUCGAGUCACCUAUCGGUGUGAUGCCGGAUCGGUCGAUCUCUCACGAGAUCAUUCUUGAGGCCGAUGUCGUGCCGCCGACAGGUUGCAUCUAUCAGAUGAGCGAGGAGGAGCUUGAGGUCCUCCGCGCACAACUCGACGAUUUAUUGGCCAAGGGCUGGAUCCGCCCUAGUAGCUCCCCAUAUGGAGCACCAGUUCUCUUCGUCARGAAGAAGAACAAGGAUCUACGACUGUGUAUCGACUAUCGCAAGCUCAACGCGCAAACCGUCAAGAAUGCGGGGCCUCUUCCCCGCAUCGACGAUCUUCUUGAGCGACUGGGCGGCGCAAAAUAUUUUUCUAAAUUGGAUUUGAAAUCGGGAUAUCAUCAAAUCUCGAUCCAGCCGAACGAUCGCCACAAAACCGCGUUCAAGACGCGGUACGGGCAUUUUAAGUGGGUGGUCAUGCCUUUUGGCCUCACCAACGCCCCGGCGACGUUCCAGGCGGCAAUGACCAAUGAAUUCCGUGCAAUGUUGGACCGGUUCGUGCUGGUCUACUUAGACGAUAUUCUCGUCUAUAGCCGGUCAUUGGAGGAUCAUCUUGGGCAUCUUCGACGAGUGUUGGAGACGCUCCGUCGCGCCAAGUACAAGGCCAACCGCGACAAGUGUGAAUUUGUCUGGCAGGAGCUGGAAUACUUGGGCCAUUUUGUCACACCGGUGGGCAUCAGUCAGCUAUCGGACAAUAUUCAGGCCGUCCAGGAGUGGCCGGAGCCUCGGAACGUCAAGGAUGUCCGCUCGUUCCUCGGUCUUACUGACUACUAUCAGCGCUUCAUCAGAGGCUACUCCAAGAUCGCGACCCACUUGAACAAGCUUCAAUGCGAGGAUCGGUCGUUUGACUUCGGAGAGGAGGCGGGGGGAUCAUUCUUCGCUCUCAAAGUCGCGCUAUUGUCUGUGGAGGUCUUGCGGAUAAACGACCAGCUCUCGCCUACGCGCGUCACUACGGAUGCGUCAGGCUAUGGCAUUGGUGCAGUCCUCGAGCAACAUGAUGGUGUGGACUGGCACCCGGUCGAAUACUUCAGCAAGAAAGUGCCCAUCGUGCAUUCCAUCGACGAUGCACGCAAGAAGGAGCUCCUUGCCUUCGUCCACGCGCUCAAGAGGUAGCGGCACUUCCUCCUUGGUCGAAGCCAAUUUCGC